AUGGAUUCCUUGACGCGAACACUUUUGUUCUUGAUAGUAAUAUUUUUGGGAGGUAUCGUGCAGAAUGUAAGAGUGGAUAUCCCUCUCCGUACACCGCAGCCAAACUAUAGCUGCCCAGUCAAGCCUCCUCACGUCGCUAAGUGCACUCGUCUCAAUCUAACCUCAGUACCCCAAGACCUUCCGCACGACCUGCUGCUCUUAUUCAUCCAUCAUAACCAAAUAACAAAACUUGGAAACAGGUCUUUCAUUUAUUACAACCGUGUCACAACAUUGGAAGCUGGUUAUAACAUCAUAGCUUUAAUUGAAGGUGGAACAUUCGAACCUCUACCACAAUUGCAGGUCUUGAAAUUAGAUCAUAACCUAAUUACCUUUUUACCCAUCUAUUAUCUUCAGAAGAAUGCUCAUUUAGUUAUAAUAAAUCUAUCACACAACCUGAUCAGUGAAAUCUCUAGCACUUUGGUGAGUGCUCAAAAGUGUCGAAACUUAAAUGGUUGGCGGAAUAUGUCGGCAGUUAAUCUAUCCUUCAACAAACUUACAACUAUAAAUGAGAAUGACUUUUUACCUUGGAGAAAUUGCUUUGUCAAUAAGUUCAAUAUAAAUGAUAACCACGUGUCGUUCCUUCAACCUAAGGCUUUUCGAUAUUUGCCCAAAUUAGGUAUUCUGAACAUGAACAAAAUCAACUUAGCGACUUUCGACGUCGAGCAUUUCAUGUGCCAUGUUAAAAUCGACAGACUUGUGAUUGAUUCUUCAGGCAUUAAGUACAUUCGUCCAGCGAACAUAUCGUCGAUGCAAAAAGCAAAUGUGCCACUGAUUAAAGAACUUUAUUUAAAUCUAAACAUCUUACAAGACAUUCCAAGGUAUGCUCUGCGUGGAUUUGAAAAACUACAGGUCCUGAACUUUCAAGGGAAUCGUAUUUCAAGCAUCAACAAUGAAUCAUUUUGUGGUUUACAUUCACUGUUAGACCUCAGUUUGUCUUGGAAUAAAAUAAAGUCACUUCCCCGCGCCUCGUUUGCUUGCGCAACGAAUCUCCAGAAAAUUGAUUUGUCACGUAAUAACCUCGCGAUAUUGGAUCCCCAAUGGUUUGACGGAUCCUGGUUUCUCCGUACCCUGAUGAUAGAUCAAAGUGGCAUCGGUCGCAUCGCGUUUGGACCAUGGAAGGCAACUAAUCUUCAGACUCUUGUUCUAAACAGAAACAAUAUGGGUUUCAUUAAUAAUUACACCUUCACUGGCUUGGCAAACUUGAAAAAACUUGAUGUUUCUGGCAAUGAAAAUCGUUUUCGGAUGUCAGAGGACGCACUCACUACAGUCGGUUCCUUGGAAUUCCUCGUCAUGGCGGAUGUGGGAAAAUUUACCAUGAAAGGCUUGUUUAGAAAUAUGCAAAAUCUAUCUAAUCUGGAUAUCUCAUAUAACCGGUUGGAAAUUUUAUCAAUUGACCAGUUUACGACCACAUCUGCGCUAAGGGUUCUCAAUAUGUCGGGAUCCCAUCUCAAAGCUGAGGAUUUAGUUGAUAAACAGACAGGGACAUCGUUGUUCUCAGGCUUGGUCUCCUUGCGGACCCUUAAACUACGGCGAAACUCCUUAGCUACCCUACACGCUCUUCCUGGCAUAUUCACCUCACUUGGAAGUCUUGUUGAGCUAGACUUAACAUAUUGUCAUAUUCGACAAGUUGCCUCAGGAACAUUUGCAAACUUAACGACCCUGCUUCAGCUUAGUCUGCAAGACAAUGAACUAACCAGCGUUCCGAGGGACGCUUUUCAAGGUUUGCACAAAUUACAGGUGUUGCAGCUGCAGUACAAUUCGAUUGCGUUCAUUGAGCAAGAGCUGUUUAUGGGCACAAAUGAACUUAAGGAGUUGUACUUGCAAAAUAAUCAAAUUUCGACCGUAGCCUCCUAUACUUUAAUGCCGUCAAGUUUGAUUAGACUCAAUAUCGCAAACAAUCCCUUAACAUGCGAUUGCCAACUCGCCUGGUUCAGACAAUGGUUGAACGAGUUGGCCAUCGUUGGUUACCAUGAGAUCACUGAAGAUCAAACUCCGGACGACUAUGAAUUUCAACUCAACCUCAUGUUCCAUGAAGGAGAUGAGUGGUGGGUAAAUGACUGCAUGAAACCUUUUCUGGAGCAGAGGAUGCCUCAUCUGGAGCACGUCAUAUUUGGUGAUGCCGAUCUUCAUCCAGGAUUAUUUUACUUGAACGCCAUAUACGACGUCAUCGAAAACAGCCACAAGACAAUAUUGUUGCUAAGCAACCCGUCUGUGGAUGAUGCCUGGUACAUGACCAAGCUCCGUAUGGCAGUGGAGCACAUGAAUGACACCAAGUUGGAGAAGGUCAUCCUGGUUUUCCUUGAAGACAUCGAUGAUGACCAUCUACCGUACCUUGUUAGGCUCUUGCUGAGCCGGAACAAGCCUUAUUUGUUGUGGACAGAGGAUGAAGAAGGUCAGGAGGUCUUCUGGGCAAAGGUUCAGAAGAGCAUGAGAUCAAAUCGGCAAAUGAACAAUGUUAUACCCGUUUAA